CUCUCUCCAAUCACUGGGAAAGGUGAUGUUUUUGGCAUCAAGGGGGCGAAGAUCAACAUUGUUUUGUGUUGUGCUGUUAAAAUGCAACCUGUGCAGUCUCCUACCAAAACCCCCUCUUCAUCUCGGUUAAUUAACCUCAUAAAAGUUUUAUCUUUGAUAUUGAUUGUUUACUUGUUCGUCUUACUGUUCAUACUAUCUACUUCCAAGUAUUCGUCUCUAUACUCGCCCUUGCAAGAGUUAUCCACUCCGACGAAGCUCGAACAUAUUGUGUUCGGCAUCUUCACAAGUCAAGAUUCGUGGCCUAAGAGCAAGGAGUAUGUCAAGCUCUGGUGGAACUCGAGCACUAUGCGAGGCUGCGCCUUUCUUGACAGACUGCCUCCAAAUGCUGAUUCCUACAAGGACACUUCUUCUCUUCCUCCUUUGUGUGUAUCCGAAGAUACAUCGCAAUUCCGGUACACUCAUGGAGCACAGCAUAGGUUUCAGAUCCGUAUAGCCCGCAUGGUCCUAGAAGCUGUGGCCCGUAACCAUUCUAACGUUCGAUGGUACGUCUUUGGGGACGACAACACCAUUUUUAUAACAGAGAAUUUAGUGAAGACUCUUUCGAAGUACGACCAUAGGCUAUGGCACUAUAUCGGGGCUAACUCGGAAAAUCUCGAGCAGAACAGAGAAUUCGGAUAUAAGAUGGCAUUUUUAGGAGCUGGUUUUGCCAUAAGUUCACCGCUUGCCAAGGUCUUGGCAAUAGUAAUCGACUCAUGUAUAGAUCGGUAUGCUCAUCUCUAUGGGGGCGACGCUCGGGUCUUUGCUUGCUUGGCAGAGCUUGGAAUUGGGAUGAUUCAUGAGCCAGGUUUCCAUCAGUUCGACAUCCGUGGCAAUGCGCUUGGUCUACUGACCGCGCAUCCAGUGACACCUUUAGUUUCCAUCCACAGUCUAGAGCAAAUAGACCCACUCUUCCCCGGAAUGAACACCCUCCCUGCCCUGCAACAUUUCUUCAGAGCAGCAAACACUGACCCACAGAGAGUUCUGCAACAAACGGUUUGCUACGACAGGUGGUUCUCGUGGACCAUCUCAGUAUCCUGGGGAUACGCCAUCCAAGUGUUCCCGAACCACGUGUACUUGCCCGAUGCGAUCAAAGUGGUGGAGACUUUCCGGCAUUGGAGAAGGGGAAAUCCAUUCACGGAAGCGUACGUUUUCAACACUAGGGAACUGCAUCCGGAUCAGUGCGCCAGACCCACGAUCUUCUUUUUCGAGAAGAUAUCCAAGAGCAAGGGCAGGAUUAAGACCACUUACAAGAGAUCGUAUGUGAAUUGUUCGUACGAUAGUGGUUCCCCGAGGAAAAUUAAGGAGAUCAGAGUAUACGCACACAAAAUGGACCUCACUAAGAAGCAGUUGCAGGCGCCGAGACGGCAAUGCUGCAGUGUGUUGCCUUCCUCAAAUAACAAAGCGCUGGACGUUGCCAUCAGAGAAUGCAAAGAAGAAGAGUUGAUCUAUCUGCACCUUUAGCUGUCUCAGAUAUGACUAAUUUCCUUUCUGCCUCUGCUUCCAAAGUUUGAGCGUCUGUUUUCUGUGUUUCGGAUUUGUAUUCAAUCAAAGGUUUGAAUCAUAAACUAGUAUAUACUAUA